AGAUGCCAACUCCGUCUCCUCUUCCUCCUUCCCUGCUGCUAGUGGAGCACAUGGUUGGGCUGUGAGGCUGUGCAUCGAGCUUCAGCAAGCAAAUGGAGAUGAGUUCGAGCUCCCUUGGGGCCUCGGCAUCCCGUAGCUCCAAUGACACCCUCCACGGGCUUAUGUUCGGCGAGAAGGUCUAUUUCGAGGAUGCGGUUGGUGGCGGCGGCAGCGACAGCACCUCCAAGGCACCUCCGGCUCCGUCGACGGCGCCGAAGAAGGGGAAAGCGGUGGUGCACGGAGUUCAGCAACAGCCACCCAGGUGUCAAGUGGAGGGGUGCGAGGCGGAUCUGAGUGGGGUGAAGGCUUACUACUGUCGGCACAAGGUCUGUGGGAUGCACUCCAAGGCACCCAAGGUGGUUGUCGGGGGAAUGGAGCAGAGGUUCUGUCAGCAGUGCAGCAGGUUUCACCAGCUGAGUGAAUUUGACCAAGGGAAACGCAGUUGUCGCAGACGUCUGGCGGGCCACAACGAGCGUCGAAGAAAGCCGCCCUUCUCUCCGCGCUAUGCCCACUUGGCGCCACCAUCCUUCCAUGAACCCGGCAGAUUCAGAAGCUUUCUAAUGGAUUUCGCUUACCCCAACAUUUCGAGUUCCACUGGCGCAAGAGACAUUUGCCCUACUGUCAGGGCCGGUGAUCAGGUGGCGACUAACCACUGGAAUGAUGUCGUAGAUGCUCCAUCCGAUGCGGAUGCAGCUGCAGCUGCUGCUGCUGCUCCGGUGCACGGAGCCGGAUCCCGAUCCCAUCCAUACUCGCAAGGUUCGACAGGCCAAAUUCUCUACUCUUCCCCGGAGUUUCCGCCCGGUGAGUGUCUCGGAGGAGCCUUGGAUGCCAGCUGUGCUCUCUCUCUUCUGUCAACUCGGCCACGGGGCGAUCACACAUCCAGAAGCCGCCGACUCCCAACUAUUUCCGCAAGCGGUGGUCUCAACGCCUCCUCCUCCAUCUUGGCUCAUUCCUUGGUCUCCAACAAUCACACGGCCAACUCCGCGAGUUUUGGACACCAAGGAAGCAGGAACAGUUGGCAUGAGAUGGGGAUGGAUGCGGCAGGUGGUUCUCAUUUUUCAGGUGAACUGGAGUUAGCCCUGCAGGGAAACGGGCAGUGCCUCGGCCAUGGCUUGUUGGGCAGGGAAUACGAUCACUCAGGUCAUAACAUCAUGCACUGGUCUCUCUAGACCUUGCCACCAUCAUUUUGCUGCUCCGAGAAUUCUGAACGCUAUGGGUUGGGAUUUUAGUGUCAUCAGCAUCACACACAAUUUUGUUCAUCAAGAGGCCAAAGACUAGUGUGUGUGCCUCGUAAUUCUGUAGCUUUGGGGUU